AUGGCAGGAAGCUUUCCGCGAAGCGAGCGCGUCGAGCCGGGCUCGGUCAACCUCCCGCCCCGCGAGUAUCCUCCAUCCGUUCGCUCAACAUCAGUCGAUGCGGGGAAGGCCGCGGCAGAUGUUGUUCGCGCUUUCAACGCUGCACUAAAAUCCAAGGACUACAACAAACUCUCACAACUCUUCGUCGCCGACGGCUACUGGAGAGACCACCUAGCGCUAUCAUGGGACCUCCGCACCCUCAAGGGCAGGGAGAAGAUCCAAAGCUUCCUCAGCGAGGCGUGCCGGCUCAAGGAGGUGCAAAUCGACACAUUCACUGCGUAUCGAGCACCUCACUUUGCGCCGCUAGAUGCCCAUGGCAAGGUUCAAUGCCUGCAAUUCUUCCUCACGGUCAAGACGGAUGUCGGGCCUGGUGAGGGUGUAGUGCGGAUGGUUGAGUCUGGUGAUAAGUGGGAAAUCUUCACCUUCUUCACGGUUCUGCGCGAAAUCGCAGGCCAUGAAGAGCCUACGCGGCACCGACGAGAGAAGGGUGUUGAUCACGUCCAGAAGCGAGAGAGCAAGAACUGGAAGGAGAAGAGAGAUGAUAGUGUCAAUUAUGUGGACAGUGAGCCUACGGUUGUGAUUGUCGGUGCCGGCCAAGCUGGUCUCACGAUUGCCGCACGACUGAAGAUGCUCAAAGUCAACGCCCUCGUGGUAGACAAGCAUCAGCGCAUCGGCGACUCUUGGCGCAAGCGAUAUCACCAACUUGUCCUCCACGACCCUGUUUGGUACGACCACUUGCCGUAUAUCAACUUCCCAAGCCAUUGGCCCGUGUUUACGCCCAAGGAUAAGAUGGGAGACUUCUUCGAGGCGUACGCCAGCCUUCUCGAGCUCAAUGUCUGGAUGUCAACAACACUGACAAAGUCUUCCUGGGAUGAUUCAAAGAGACAGUGGACCGUCACUCUUGACAGGCAAAAGCCUGAUGGGUCCAAGGAGACUCGGACUUUACACCCUCGCCACGUCAUCCAGGCGACGGGUCACUCUGGCAAGAUGUUUUUUCCUAGCAUCAAGGGAAUGGACAAGUUCAAGGGAGACCGCCUUUGCCAUAGCUCUGAGUUCGCAGGAGCGAAACCCAAUUCCAAGGGUAAAAAGGCAAUCGUUGUUGGCUCAUGCAACUCAGGUCAUGAUAUCGCGCAAGAUUUCUACGAGCAAGGGUACGAUGUCACAAUGGUACAGCGCAGCUCAACAUCUGUGGUUUCCUCAAGCUCAAUCACAGAUAUUGGCCUGAAAGGUCUUUACGACGAAGACUCACCCCCAGUCGACGACGCAGACCUCUGGCUAUGGAGUUUGCCGGCCGAGCUCUUCAAAUCGCUGCAAGUCGGCACCACGGAAGUCCAAAACGCCAACGAUGCCGAGCUCCUCUCAGGUCUUCAGAAAGCCGGAUUCAACCUGGACAUGGGACCCAGUGGAGGCGGCUUCUUCGUCAAGUACUUCCAGCGCGGUGGGGGCUAUUACAUCGACGUCGGAUGCAGCCAGCUCAUCAUUGACGGCGAGAUCAAGAUCAAGAGCGGGCAGGAAAUCACAGAAGUUCUCCCCAACGGCCUCCGGUUUGCGGACGGUUCAGAGCUGCCGGGCGACGAAAUCAUCUUUGCGACGGGGUAUCAGAACAUGCGUACGGAGGCGCGCAAUAUCUUUGGCGACGAGCUCGCCGAUCGCGUCGGCGAUGUGUGGGGUUGGGACGAGGAGGGUGAGUUCAGGACCAUGUGGCGGCCGACCGGGCACCCCGGCUUCUGGUUCAUGGGCGGCAAUCUCGCAAUUUGUCGGUACUUCUCAAAGAUUCUGGCAUUGCAGAUCAAAGCGGUGGAGGAGGGGAUCGAUCAGAACAAGAGCCACACCAAGACUUUGGGGACGGCGGGAGGUAUUCCUAAACUGUGA